CACAAGUAUUGUUAGCGAAUUUGACCUUUAUUUUAACAAAUCAAGGGUUUUUACAAAGUGUUGUCCAUGAGCGCGUAAUUAAUCCCAAGAAAUUUUAGAGUAUCUCUUAUGCAUUUCCCUAAUGACAAAUCACUAAAUAUAAAACCAAACAAGACCUCAUCACUUUCAGUUGCAACACACUCAUCUGUGAAUACUGUACAUUUAUUUUCCUUUUUUUCUUGCAACAAAAUUGAGGCUUGUAAUUGAGGCUUUAUGAAAUGCCUGCAUUAUUUAUAUGUUUUACUGACAUUUGACUAAUAUAGUCUUAUGUUGUACUGCCUAAUUAUUUCAUGUGAUUUGAAGGACUGUUCUAUGAAUAACAUGAUGGAUAAUGUGUCUUAUCCUAUGUUACUGACUCUUAUGGUGCCAAAAGAAACUAAAUCAUACAAGCAUGUAUAUUUUAUAUGCUUUCUAGCCUUAUAUCUCUUUAUACUGAUAAUUAAUAUUCGUCUUUUUAUGGUCAUUAUAAUGGAGAAAGCUCUUCAUGAACCAAUGUACAUGUUCUUGUGUCAAGUGUGUAUAAAUGGGGUUUUUGGAGCCUCCGGAUUCUACCCUAAAAUUUUGUCUGAUUUAAUAUUGGAUUCAUAUGUGAUCUCCUUUCAUAUGUGUGCUCUGCAAGCCUAUGUUAUCUACAGUUCUUUACUUUCUGAUAUCACAAUAUUAACAGUGAUGGCUUAUGAUAGAUAUGUAGCCAUAUGCAAACCUUUAGACUAUCAUUCUAAGUUAACUAAAAACACCUGUGUAAAAUUUAUUUUGUUCUCAUGGAUUGUUCCCAACUGCUUUUGCAUUACAGCAGCCCUGUUUUCAAACUUGAGACCUAUUUGUAAAUAUCACAUUGACAAAUUAUAUUGUGACAACUGGUCAAUUGUGAAACUGUCUUGUGUAUCAUCUUUUGUUAAUGGCGUCUUUGGAUAUGCUAUUACUGUUACGUUUUUUAGCUUUAUAGUUUUUAUCAUAGUGUCCUACUUUAAACUGAUCUCUGCAUGUAAAGCAUCUUUAGAAAGCAGAAGGAAAUUCUGGCAAACAUGUUUGCCACACAUAUUAUCACUGAUAAAUUUCACUUUUGCUAUUCUUUUUGAUGUCAUGUAUAGCAGAUACGGUGCAAAUGACAUUCCAGAGAGUUUGCGUAAUUUUUUGGCUCUUGAACUGGUGAUAGUCCCACCUGUGUUCAAUCCUCUAAUUUAUGGGUUAAAUAUUAGAGCAGUGCGUAAAAGAGUUUUCCCUUCUUGUGUUGCAGCAAGUGAAAAUGUUUUGAAAAGGGUGAAAACAUAAUUACGUACUAGUCAGUUACUGAUACAUGCAAAAAAUGUGAUUUUAACAAUGAAU